AUGGGCGUGGACGUGUUACAUCACGAGCGGAAAGAAAGAAGGGACGGGUGAGGCAAAAAAAAAAACAUAUCCCCUCCACACUGAGCAGUACGUUCUGUGCACUUCCAGAAACAGUUUGUCGUCCUCUUCAUCAUGGACAAGGACAGCGCAGGUCUCACAUGGCAGGUGAGGGCUAACCAACGUCGCUACCACAAGAAGCAGCAGAAGAAAUCCUUCUUGGGCUUUCGUUGGGGGCGGUGUUCGAACAACAAGAUUUGCAGUCAUAAGUACACGUUCUUCACCUUCAUCCCGCUGACACUGUUUGAGCAGUUCCAGCGUGCUGCUAAUCUCUACUUCCUUUUCAUGAUAGCAUUGCAGUGCGUCCCCAUCAUCGCGUCACUUCAGUGGUACAUCUCCAUCAUCCCGCUGCUCCUUGUUCUCUCGGUGAGAGGUGGCAAGGACCUCAUCAAUGACAUGGCGAGGAGACGCAGCGACUCGGAGGUCAACUCGCGACCGUGUGACGUGCUCAUCUCCCAGAGCUUCAGUACAGAACAGUGGAAGGAUCUGUGCGUGGGAGAUAUCGUGCGCAUCCACAAAGACCAAACCGUUCCCGCCGAUAUUGUGCUCCUGUGCAGCUCCGAGCCGCACAGUCUGUCCUAUGUAGAAACGGUUGACAUUGAUGGCGAGACCAACUUGAAAUGCCGGCAGGCUCUCGCCGCGACGCACCACCGGUUGACGUCCGAACCCUCACAGCGUAUGCUCGCUGACUUUGAUGGCGUGGUGUUCUGCGAGGAACCCGAUGACGCCAUGUACUCUUUCCGAGGACAGCUACACUGGAGAGGGGAACGCUUCCUGCUGGACAUCCAACACCUUCUCCUCAGGGGCACCGUGUUACGAAAUACUCUGACCGCCUACGGUUUGGUCGUAUAUACCGGUACCGACACGAAGAUCCUGCGGAACUGCGGGAAACUGCGGGCAAAGAGAACUCGCUUGGAGAACAGUCUCAACAAAGCAGUGAUUGGGAUCAUGCUGUUUUUGCUGUCGGCCGUGCUUCUUCUGGCCGUUGGCUGUGGGGUGUUCGCAAGCCAGGUCAUGACCCGUACAGAGUUUCUCUCGGCUCUGAUUAUCAACGGUGACCCGGUCUACACAGGCUUCCUGGUCUACUGGAGCUACUUCAUUCUGCUCAGCCCGGCCGUGCCCAUCAUGCUCUACGUCACAUUUGAGCUGAUCCACACAUACCACAGCAAGUUUAUUAAUUGGGAUUUGGAGAUGUAUUGGGCUCAGACAGACUCCCCAGCACAGGCUCAGUGCACUUCCCUAUGUGAGGAGCUGGGUCAGGUGGAAUACCUGCUGAGUGACAAAACUGGAACAUUAACUCAAAAUCGGUUGCUCUUCAGGCAGUGCUGCAUAGCCGGCGAGAUCUAUGGUGAUUCAUCAACAAGGGCAGAAGAUGUGGAGCCAAUGGAUCUCAGCUGGAAUCCGUUCUCUUGUGGGGGGCUUUUCAUGUGGGCUCCCACCCUGGUUGAGCGUCUCCGAGCGCAACCGUGUCCGACCGUCAAGGCAUUCUUCACUGCACUCAGUGUGUGUCAUACUGUCAUGGUCCAGUGGAAAGAAGAUGCUCCAGUUUACCAAGCAACAUCUCCCGAUGAGGAGACUCUCGUCGGCGCCGCCAGGGAACUGGGCUGGGUCUUCAUGUCCAGAACACGAGACAGUAUAGUCGUGUCCGAGAUGGGUGUCACACGUCACUAUAAGGUGUUGGCGUUGCUUGACUUCACCAGCCAGAGAAGACGGAUGUCGAUAUUGGUACGAGAGCCGGAGGGGGCUUUAAAACUGUACUGUAAGGGAGCUGACAUUGUGAUACUGGAGAGGUUGCAGAGGCACUGUCCUCAUCAGGAGAGCGUUGAACAAGCCCUAGAGCUGUUUUCCCAGGCUUGUCUGAGGACCUUGUGCAUUGCCGUUCGAUCGGUUUCUGAGACGUCAUGGGAGCGGUGGAGUCAAACUCUGACUCGGGCCGCUGCCAUGCCGACCUUCGACCGCAACGCCCUGCUAGAGAAUGUUUAUGAUGAGAUGGAGCGAGAUCUCCUGCUUUUAGGGGUUACAGCCAUCGAGGACCGACUCCAGGAAGGCGUCCCUGAGACCAUUUCUCUCGUUAAACAGGCUGGGAUUAAAGUAUGGGUGCUUACAGGGGACAAAAAAGAGACGGCAGUCAACAUUGGAUAUGCAUGUAAACUACUGGAUCCUGACACGAGAUUACUGGAGUGGCAGGAGUUGAGACAGAUCCUCCAAUCGCCUGACCCUGGAGGCCAUUUCCAGAAAAUCAGAGAGACAGAUCUGUGGGCUGUUGAAAAGGAUAAAGCUGGAGUACAGACUGCUGUGGUCCUGACUGGUCCUGAGCUGACAGAGUUUGAGCAGAGACCAGAGUGGGGUGCCAAGUUCAUGAGCUUAGCUCAACAGUGUCAGACGGUGUUGUGUUGCCGGGUAACACCUGGACAGAAGGCAGAUAUUGUCACUUUGGUCAGGAAGCACACAAGCUCCAUCACGCUGUCCAUCGGAGAUGGCGCCAAUGAUGUAAACAUGAUCAAGACGGCUCAUGUCGGCGUGGGACUGGCGGGAGUGGAGGGAGGUCAAGCCGUACAAAACGCGGACUUUUCAUUGUCGCGUUUCAGAUACCUGCAAAGGCUCCUGCUGGUCCACGGGCGCUGGUCCUAUCGACGUAUCUCCCUGUUCCUGCGCUACUUCUUGUUUAAGACCUGUAGCUUUGCCUUGGUGCAUUUGUGGUUUGGGAUCUUCAACGGCUACAGUGCUCAGUCUAUGUAUGAGACGUGGUUCAUUGCCUUGUAUACAACCUUCUACACAUCAUCCCAGAUUUUGUUCGUGGCCUUCUUUGAAAAGGACGUAAGUGCCGAGACCAGCCUAAUGUGGCCCGAGUUGUACAAGUGUGGACAGAAGCAGGAGCUUUCCAAACCCCUGGUUUUGUUUACGUCGCUAUUUUACGCCCUCUACACUUCCUUUGUUCUCUUCUUCAUUCCGUGCGGAGUCUACUACAACACUGCCGUCGACUACCAGACCAUGGCGGUCACUGUGUCCAUGGCAGCCGUAUUUACUGCCACGAUAGAGAUUGUGCUGGUGACCAGAAACUGGACAAAGUUCAACAUUGGAUCCGUGUGUCUUUCUUUGCUGCUCUACUUCAUCUGCUCCCGAAUCACACACAGCAAGUUUUUGUUCCAGAGCGCACCGGCUGAUUAUUUAUUUUACGGUGCAUCUGACGAGGCGUUUGCAGAUCCGGUUGUGUGGCUCACAGCUUUGCUUACUGCCUUGACAGCUGUGUUGCCUUCAAUGACCUCCCUGGCCCUUAGGGUCAUCCGAACUGCCCACAACAAUCACAAGGUACACAUCAUGUGCCAUCAGCCAGCGGAACUGAGGUCACACACUCAAAGGACAUCUUCUUUUUGCCGUUCUUCAUUUGCUGCCACUAAAGAAGCUAACUGAAGCACAGUUGUGGAUUUUGGCCGUGAAGGAACAGUACAGAGGUGGACCUCAGCCACAUCAUGAAGAAACUGAGAAUUUCCCAUAUGGUACCAUGGUAGAACAGUUUUAGAUCCUUUCCUGUGUAUAAUGAAUUGAUAUAGUA